AUGCCAACGCUUGACUGUGCUCAUCGGCUCUCUACGCCCUCCGAUCUGCUCACCAGAAGAGUCCUUUUCCAUUCCCUCGACCCGCUCAACAACCGGCCUCGGUCCCGGCUCGAGGGGUCGACGUCUUUGCUCUUUCAUCUCUCGUCGACGCUCGAGCCGGUCUCUCGUGGACCGCUUUGCUGUACCGUCGCCUCCACGACACUCGCUGCGGACCGUUCGAGGCGACAGGCCACACACCUGCACACCCCUCGGUUGGUACCGUCGGCCUCACCGCAACCUUUCGACUCUUUCCGGUACGGAUUCGAGAAAGCAGACUUCACGAACACGCCCACAAAUACAAGCCCUCAAAGUUCGCUUCUCAUGCCAAGACAUCCGAUCAUCUCAGAUGCUCUCUCACCCCUGCUCAAUACAGAACUGCACAGGCAAUGGUGCAAGAGCCAAUCUACCAAACCGAACAAAAGGGUAACCGGCUGUGGGUCCACUCACUUGUUGGUCCGAAUGUUGUCGUCCAAGUCUGGCCCAUCACGAUUUGCUCGGCAAUUGCAUGUCGCAAACUGCGGUCGCCUUUUUUGCGUGUAG